UUCGACAUUUCCAUAUUUUGUGUCAUCUGUCAUUCACUGAAUAAGGAAUGAUAGUGAAGUAUGAUUCGUAACAUUGCAAUAUUUUGGAUAAAAUGGCUUUAAAUUUUUUGUUUAACUUGAACUUAUUAUUUCCAAAAAUAACGACAUGCCAAAAAUAACACACCCGAUAAUUAAGUGAACUGAAAUGAACGUAGAAGAGAACAGGUUACAAACGUUUAGUGAUUGGCCCCCUGAUACAGCAGUUAAUGCGUCAAGAAUUGCUAAAGCCGGUUUUUAUUAUACGAAACAAGCUCUAAUAGUUGAGUGCUUUGCCUGUAAAGUGCAAAUUUCGACUUGGAAUUAUGGUGAUCAGGUAAUGGCACUCCAUAAACGCAUGAGUCCCAAUUGCCCCUUUGUUAAGGACCCCAGUACCUCAGGAAAUGUUCCUAGCAUAUUGUCGUCUUCUAGUCUGUCCAUUUCUCCAAACCCUUGUGAUACGCCCGAAUUUAAUCCGGAAAUACUUAAAGAUGAGUCAGUUCGUCUUCAAACAUAUACCAACUGGCCAAAAUCUGAUGUAGUAACCCCAGAAAGCCUGGCAAGGGCAGGAUUCUACUAUUUAAAGCAUCAAGACAAGACUAAGUGUGCAUUUUGUAGAGGAGUAUGUGUUGGAUGGGAAGUUGAUGAUAAUCCAGAUAAAGAGCACCAAAGGCACUUCCCAAGAUGCCCUUUUGUUCAAACUGUUAUUAAUCCAAGGCUUGCAGUAGUGACUCAGACUGACACCACACAAAACCCACCGGUUGAACUAAAUAAAGACAUUUCUUUAACAAAUUCAAAUCUAAUAUUCCACAUAGAUCUUGCAGAAUUGGGAGUUAACAGCCACAAGGGUCCACAUAAAACUGAAUUUGCUACUGUUGAGUCUCGAUUAAGAAGUUUUGCAAGUUGGCCUGAGGAUUUGAUACAAACACCUGAUUCAUUAGCUCAAGCAGGGUUUUAUUAUGAAGGAUCUGGGGAUCAGGUUCGUUGCUUUCAUUGUGAUGGAGGUCUGCGUCAUUGGGACCCCCAGGAUGAUCCAUGGACGGAACACGCUCGUUGGUUCCCCAAAUGUGCUUAUGUCCAGUUAGUUAAGGGAAACGAUUUUGUACGAGCCUGUGCAUUUGAACAGGACACCGCAUUUGGUACAGAAGAAGAGGUCCCUCGCAGAAGAAGUGAGCCGGUCCAAAGACGUGAAGUUAGCGAUAGGGAAAUUCAAGCUCAUUUAAAUUCUGAAGCAGGACUUGCGGCAUUAAGUAUUGGUCUUCAUGUGGGGAGAGUGAAACAGGCAAUCAAAGAAAAGCUAGAGCAAACAGGAGUUGGCUUUUCAACAGCAGAUGCCCUUAUAGAGGCGACCCUGAACCUUCAAAGGGAAGAGGAAGAUAUUAGUGAACCUUCUAGUACCCAAAUUUCACAAGAAGCUUCAAGAUUAUUGUCUGAAGUAUUAGAAAACUGUAUCCCACCCGUAUCUCAACAGCAAGAAACCAGCGAAACUGUUCCUAAAGAUGAUGUAAACGAUGGUACAGCAAAAGAUGUAGGAAAUGAUACAGAAUUAAAAGAAGUUAGUAUAAUGAAAGUUCCAAAAAUGUUGAGUUUAGAAGAGGAGAACAGGUUGCUGAAGGAAGCUCGACUGUGUAAAAUUUGUAUGGAUUUUGAAGUAGGAAUCGUUUUCUUACCAUGUGGCCAUUUGACCACUUGUGUCAACUGUGCCCCAAAUUUAAAGAAUUGUCCCGUUUGUAGAUCUGCUAUCAAAGCAACAGUUCGAACUUUUCUAUCGUAGCCCCCAAAGGGUUUUAGAGAAACGUAAUUGAGGGUGUUUAUUUCUUUCUUUCCUUUUUUUCUGAAUUUCCUUAAAUUUAAUUCUACCGUUUUUAUCAUUGUUUUUUAUCUGUUUUAAAGUGAAUGUUUUAUGUACUCCGAUGGGCUGUGUGUUAUUUUUGGAAAUAAAAUUUAAAGACUU